GGCAGGGGUGGUCCGUUGGCGGGGGUGGAGCUCUGGCUUGUUCCCGGCGGGCGCUGUGGCAAUGGCCGGGGCCCCGCUGUUGGAGGCGCUGGGCCGCCUGUGGCAGGUGCAGGCCCAGCUCGGCAGCGGUGCCUCCGCCUCCGUUUUCCGCGUGCGGUGCUGCGGGGACCCGCGCGCUCCGCUCGGCGCCGUCAAGGAGUUCGUGCCCCCGCUUUGCCCUUGUCUGAUUCCAGUGACGCUGUAUGGCGUGUUCACCAACCACUUCUCUGCAAAUGGCCCUUCUCGCUGCCUCCUGCUGGAGCUGCUGGACAUCAGCGUGUCAGAGCUGCUUCUCUACUCCAGCCAUCAGGGUUGCUCCAUGUGGAUGAUCCAGCACUGUGCCCGUGAUGUGUUAGAGGCCCUGUCUUUCCUUCACCACAAAGGCUAUGUGCAUGCAGACCUCAAGCCACGCAACAUCCUGUGGAGUGCAGAGGAAGAGUGCUUUAAACUCAUUGACUUUGGGCUUAGCUUCAAAGAGGGAAAUCAGGAUGUGAAAUACAUUCAGACAGAUGGGUAUCGGGCUCCAGAGGCAGAGCUGCAGAACUGCCUGGCUCAGGCGGGGCUCCAGAGUGAAACGGAAUGUACCUCAGCUGUAGAUCUGUGGAGUCUAGGAAUCGUUUUACUGGAAAUGUUCUCAGGAAUGAAACUGAAACAUACUGUCCAAUCUCAGGAAUGGAAGACAAACAAUUCUGCCAUCAUUGAUCACAUUUUUGCCAGUGAAGGUGUGGUAAAUUCAGCCAUCCCAGCCUAUCACCUCAGAGACCUUAUCAAGAGCAUGCUUCAUGAUGACCAAGCGAAAAGAGCCACUGCUGCAAAGGCCCUGUGCAGCCCCUUCUUCAGCAUUCCCUUUGCUCCCCAUAUUGAAGAUUUGGUGAUGCUUCCAACUCCAGUGCUAAGGCUGCUCAAUGUCUUGAGUGACGCUUCUCUUCAGAGUGAAGAAGAAUAUGAAGAUGUGCUGGAAGACAUAAGAGAGGAGUGUCAGAAAUACGGCACGGUGGUUUCCUUGCUUGUUCCAAAGGAGAAUCCUGGCAAAGGCCAAGUCUUCGUUGAAUAUGCAAAUGCUGGUGAUUCCAAAGCUGCCCAGAAAUUGCUCACUGGAAGGAUGUUUGAUGGCAAGUUUGUUGUGGCUACGUUUUACCCCCUGAGUGCCUAUAAGAGAGGGUAUCUGUACCAAACAUUGCUCUAGCAGCAGCAGCCAUCAGGAGAGUCGGCAGCACCUUUUCUUCAUUUCAGUGUGUUCUGCAGUUGAAUGUACAAAGAGCUUCCCAGCCCUGCUUUUGAGUAGUUUUGAAAGGAGAUCUGCACAGGACAGAACUGGACUUUUGCCCUCUAGUGCUGCUUUGUCCUGUACAAAGGUAGCCCAUGCGGCUUUAAAAUGAUCUGUGUUCUGCUUGUUUGGUUACAUUAGAGAUGUGGCUCUUGCCUACCCUGGAAGGCUCUCGAGUGACUGGAGUAAGCAGUGGCAUUGCCAUCACAGGAGACUCGAUAUCUAAGCAAUUGAGGUUAAGUCUGGUUCAGACUGUUAAAAAUGUUGCUUCAGUGUCUUGACACUAAUGAUUGACUAAUGUUUGGGGAAAGGAUCUCUCUGUUAACUAUUCAUUAGCGGAGUGAGAACCCCUUCCCCCCCCACCCCACCCCAUACACUUGUUCUGAGACACCCAGGAGGCCCUCUGGCAAGAACAGGAAAGACUACACUUUUUUUUUCCUGUUAUCUAAGGUAAAAAGACAAGCAGAAACCCCUGCAUCUCUGGGGUGGGUGGGGGAGACUUCCGGUCUCUCCACCCCAUAAAGUAGUGGCCAUCUGGCCUUUGGGGUUACGCUGUCACUGACAGCUGGCCCAGGGAGACCUGUAAAAUUUCCUCCGCUCUAGCGUCCGCUGUUGUCUUGUUGGGAAACUGAUUGUCAGUGUCAGUGAAGGCAAACUGCUGUCUGAGAGCAGGGCACCUGCAGCAAAGUGAGUUCACUUGUAUGGACAGGCUGGGCAAAUGUGGAAUCCAUUAAGCAUCUUUGGGGAAAGGACAGUGUUAGUCCUGACCCCUGUAACACCAUGUAAUCUAGAGGUUACACAUUGCCAUAGUAUGGAGUCAUCUACCGCAGCUGACAUCCAUUGCUCUUAGUACGAGUGCCAAAGAGUGCAUAAUGGAGAGGCAUUCCCAGCCUCAGCAGGAUGUCUAUUCUGAAGACUUUUUUAAGGGAGAGCAAAUUUGUACCUGUCGUCAUUUCCUUGUUUGGCUUCUGUUGUAGCAUGUGUGGUUUUUUUGCUUUAGCCAGUGUUGAUUUAUUGGAACUGUGGCAGUAAGCAGGAAGCACUGACACUUUGGGCUCUCCAUAGGGUACACAAAGGGCCUGAGACAAUACAAGAUCCUUUAGAACAAGAAUCCUUGAAAUAAUCCUACUUGACUGCUAAGGGCCUCCUUCAGGGUGAUGCAUUCUAGUGCUAGAGGGACUGUGGGGUUAGCAAGCACAUUAGUUGGAUGCUGUUCAGGAGCGCUGCCAGCUUUUCUGAUGCCCUAGGCAGCGGGAAGGUCCCGCCCCAAAAUGCCGCCCCCCCACAGAGGCAGCGGAAGGUCCCGCCACCGAAAUACCGCUGCGAUCGCCGCCCCCCGAAUUGUAGCGCCCUAGGCCGCCUAAUGGGUUGCGCCGGCCCUGAUGCUGUUAGGAAAGAAACAGAUUGGGUGUGGCCCAUGUCACUGCUUCUCUCAACAGGAGAGCAGCCUAAAUUCGACUCAUGUUCUACUUGCAGUGCUUUAGCAUUGAGAAAGAGCUGCUAGAACAGUAGUUCUCAAACUUUUGUACUGGUGACCCCUUUCACACAGCAAGCCUCUGAGUGCGACCCCCUCUUAUAAAUUAAAAACAUUUUUUUCUAUAUUUAACACCAUUAUAAAUGGUGGAUGCAAAGCGGGGUUCGGGGUGGAGGCUGACAGCUCGCGACCCCCCAAUCUAAUAACCUCGCGACCCCCCUGAGAGGUCCCGCACUAGAAUGUAGUGUUUACAAACCCCACAUGCACAGACCCCUUCCUUUGAGUGAUAGGCACAGGAGGCGAGGAAGUAAAAUAACCCUAGAGGGUGUGGAAGCUGCUGCACCAGUUUUAGUGCCGAGGAGAGGCCUCUGAUCCCAAGCCCUGUCUAGAGAAAUCUGGGGCAAUUGUUGAAGAGAUGUCCCUACCUCACCCUGCAUUGAGGCCGCUGCGCUUAUCCGGGCAAUGUGCUGCUAGCAUCCUGCCCAGGCUGGACUUCCAGCAUUCUGCACUUGAUCUUUCCUGCUGAUAUUGCCAGUGUGUCAUGCGAGAGUCAGUCUGCAACAUGUCAUAAGUCACUUGUCUUCAUUCCUUCUCUGUGCUGCUGUGAAGUGGCUACUGCCAUGCUGUAGUUAAAGUGGAAGCUGGCUUCCCAUUAUAAGCCCCAUAUUUAACCCUUCCCUAGCUCCUCCAGAAAGAGCCUGAUCUUCCUGAGUUUUUCUGUGCCACUUCUCACUCAAGGUAGAGGCUUUUCUGGGGAGUUUGGUAAAAAUCCCAAAAGGAAUUUUGAUGUUUUAAAAAUGAGCCUGUGAUUCAUUGAUCAGACUGUUCCGAAGUGUGGUUCAGAGUAUCCCAAACAGGGUUUCACCUGGGGACUCCAGCUGUGCGUGCUUUGUUUGCGUGUGCUUAGCUGGCCUUGCUGAGACAUGCCUCUGAGUGUCCAGGAGCUAUAUUAGUGUUGGGUUUUCAGUGUGUGAAGAGCUGGGUUUAUAUUUAUGGAUGUUUAGUAUUUUGGUAGUUUAAACUGCCAUGCUACUGACCUGACUGCUGCUAUCUGCCAGGCUGAGCCACAGGGGGAGGACACCAAGGGCUGUCUGUGCUGGAGAUGAGGUCAUGUUAAUUAACACAACAUUCAAACACUCUGGAUGUGAAGAUGGCCCUGUUCAGAUCAUUGUCAGCUGGCCCGACUUCACACUCACCUUCACCCUCUGCUUAGACCCAGACCAUCCUGUUUAAAUGUGACCUUCCCCAAGACUGACUAGCUCUGGCUGGGGGAGCUGUGCUGUGAUGGGAGGGCUCUGAGAAAGAUGGGGUAUGGACUGGGGAGCACAUAGAGGGGUGGCGUUAAGCCAAGGGCUUGGGAAAGGGCAUGCAUGGGGGGAGGGGGUGAUGGGAGCCCAGAAAGGGACCGUGAGGAGGAGACAGUAGGGCAUGCACAGGCAUGGUAGGAACUCAGGAUGGGAUACCGAGGAGUGCGAAGAGACCAUGGGGUGCCUGACUAGCACAGAGUGGGGGUGGGUAAGAUGCAGUGUUUUGUCUAUGGUAACUUUAAGAGCUCAGUCUUCUAGAUACCAACCUUGAGGUGCGUAAAGUGUCCCCGUGCUAAACCUCUCCUUGCCCACCCCAAACCCCGAUGGGCACCCAGACAUAGCCUCAGCACACCUUGCUGUGGCCUGGAGCAGCUGGUCCUGGAGGGAGCACUGCUCCACCAGCCCUAUGGAAACAGGCCUUGUUUGGGAACCCUAACCCAUCCCUCCUGGGAGAGUGUCAAUGGGAUCCAGCUGCACACCAGUCCCAACGUCACUGGGACAGGGAGCUUUCCUUGGGCAGCAGGUGACUGGCGUCUCUUCAGCCUGCCUGGCCAAGGGGGUGAUUUGGCCCCACAGUUCAGCGAACUUUCCCCCCUUGGGAUUUGCUCCCUCUCAGCCAGUCUCCAUGUCAGAGAGGCCCCCGAGGCUCCCUCAGGUCUGCCCAUCUUUCUCUGGCUGUCAGACCAUGCCCCACCCCUCAGGGGCCUUUUCCCCAGACAUUGGCUGCUCUCAUGGCAGUCCAUUUGUGUACCCCAUGUGGGCUGUGUGCCUGGGGAGACCCUGACAAGUGCCACAGCUCCCCCCAGCUCUCUAGCAGAAAGUCCCCCGAGAUUGUGCCCCGUCAUGGGUCUCUCCCUUGCUGGGAAGGAGGCAGCCUCUGUCCCCCAGCUUUGCCCAGCAUUCCUUGAUUUCCCAGCCCCCAUUCUGGGGAACAGGCUGUGCUGGGUCUGUCUCUUUCCCCCCAGCCUCCAUUAGGGGCUGACCGCACCCUGUCAGAGUUACAGGGUUCAGCUGCUCCCCCAGUGCCAGACAUGCCUUUGCUCGCUCACUGCCUCACCCAUCCGACUCUGUGCCCCCUACAGAAUGCAGAAAUGGAAGCAAAGGUCAAAAUAACCAUUUAUUAGGAGACUGGAAUCUCAUUUCCUGUCCCAGGGGCCCAUCUCCUAUGACCUAGACACUAGCUUUGACCUUGGGGUAUCUUACAAAUUUGGAGGCCCAGCUAAGCCUGUGGGGGAUGUAAUGAGUAGGUGAAGGAUUAUGCAGCAGGGCGGGAAACAGCAGCUGCUUCCCAAACAGGCCAUUUCCAGGCCACACAACGCUGGGGCUUGGGUGCUUUGUGUUCAGUGUGUGUAUGGGGGUGCUUUGCUCACUGGAUCCCAGCCUUUGCUCCUUUGCAAGGCCCGGUUUUGUUAGGUGCCUGUUCUAAGUAGCAGAGCCAAGCUGUUACUAACCCCUAGAGGGGAGACAGGGCUUCCUGGUGGAGCAUAGGGGAUGUUCUUGUUCAUCUUGGCAGAGUUAGCUACCAAAGAUGCUGGCUGGGUUUUGUUUAAUAGCUUUAAUAGAUUUGAACCAAAUAAACCUGCAAAAUGCAAACCACUUUUACUAGCUUUUGUCUCUUGGAUGCCCUGGGAAAGCAGGGCCUGAGCCAGUAAGGAUCCUUGGAAUUUGUUUCUGGAUGUUGGUCCUGGCCACACCCCAAUGUGAGCCUUAAUGUUCUGCUCCCUAAUGUCCCUGUGCGACUUUAGCUACAUACAAACAUUGCUAAAGCAGAACCAACAGUGUGUUGGAGGGAGGCCUUCCCAAGCGCCCACCUAGUAAGCACUUGGUCGUCUUUACACGUGGCUGUCCUGUUUGCCUUUGAGCCUUGCUGUGGAGCAGUCAGGUUAAAACCAGAUCUCUCGGAAGAGCAUGUUGAUUGGUGCACCUUUUGCUGGUGGUAUUUUAGCAUGAUUAAGGGCACGUCUUCACUACCUGACGGAUUGGCGGGUAGCAAACGAUCUAUUGGGGAUCGACUUAUCGCAUCUAGUGAAGACACGAUAAAAUCGAUCCCUGAUUGCUCUGCCGUCGACUCCGGAAAUCCACUGCGGCAAGAGGCGGAAGAGGAGUCGACGGUGAAGCGGCAGCGGUCGACUCUCCGCCGUCCUCACAGCCAGGUAAGUCAACCUAAAAUACGCAACUUCAGCUACGCUAUUCACAUAGCUGAAGUUGCGUAUCUUAGGUCGACUCACCCUCCCCCCCCCCCCCCCCGUACCGUCGUAGACCUAGUCUAAGGGCAGCAGGAGUCUGUCUCCUGUACUGCUGGAUCAUAGCAGAGCCAGGCCCCCAGUAUAAGCAAAUGCAUUAGCUCUCCUGUUCAUUGUCUGAUCCCUGGCAGCUCUCACUUUUUUUGGUUUCCAAACAGGCUGCACACUCAGGUUAUGUCUACACUACAGACCUUACAGCAGCACGGCUGUACUGCUGCAGCUGCACCACUGUAAGGCCUCCUGUAUACCUGCUCUAUGCCCACAGGAGAGAGCUUUCCUGUCAGCAUAAUUAAAUCAGCCCCAAUGAAUGGCGGUAGCUGUGUUGGCAGGAGAGCGUCCACACCGGCACUUCCAUCAGUGUAACUUAUGUAGGUCAAGGUGGUCGCUUUUCACACCCCUGAUGGACAGAAGUGCUAGUGUAGACAGCCAAAGAACGCUGCUGCCAAAGCACUUUUCAGCUGAGCCUUUUGCUCAGAGCUGGGAUCUGUGUAGACACAGCUUUCUUCGCAGCUGAGCCAUUCCGUUCCUACCAUUGUCUCUGGCCUGCUCUCGCCCUAGUUACGCACCACGCAGAACCCCAGCUUGCUGGGCACAGUUUGUAUCUCCUUGGAGCUGAACAUGGCUCUAGGGAUGGAAGAGAAGAUUUAGUGCCCUCAUCACAAAUACUAUCAUCCCCCUCCUGAUCUUCUACCUCCCCACCAUUCACUCACUGCUACUAACACCCCACACGCUCAGACACGCUCCACCUCGGUCCCCUCCUCUUUGCCACCAGGUUCUUCCCCCCCCCCCACAAAGACAAAGCAGUUCUCUCCCUGGCCCCACCAAAUUUGCCUCUCUGUCUUCAAAGCUCAGCAGCCACCGUAGCCUACUGAGACUAAAGGCUUCCUUGCUGGCAGGAGUCUCCUGUCUCUUCCUCCCUGCUCUGCGGAGUCUGUGUCAUGUACCUACAGUAACUCUCCCUGCCUGUGCCUAGGGAUGGGGCGCCAGCUAGGAGGAGUCUGGGGCAGGUAGAAAGAGCUUGCCAGGACUCCUCCAUUGACUAGUGCUGAGACAAGGAAUGGAGCUCCCCCUAAAGGUUCCAUGUCGUAACAGCAGCUGCUGCACUAUUCACACUUCAUUCCCAUUUAAGGUUUUCCCUCCAACCAGCAGGACUAGAAAAAUACUCUUUAAAAUGAAAACGUAGUUUCAGCAGCAUGGGCCAUGUUCAGGCUGGGCAAGUGGGAUUCAGUCAGGCUGGACUAUCAGGUGCUACGUGCGUACAUCAAUCAAUGUGACAAUGCUGUGUGGCCAUUUCAAGGAGAGCUGAUUGCUGAGUCAAGUACUUCAAGCUCUCCACAGAAGAAACCAGGACUUUAGUCUGGAGAUCUUGGAUGCUCAUGGUUGAUCUCCAUUGCCUCAAGUCUCUGCCCUGUGAGCUGUUAUGUUUUCAUCCCAGCCCUUUGCAGCCUAUUGUUCUGCUCCAGUCUGCAAAGAUCUGUGCCUGAAAGUAUCAUGUGCAGACGUCACAGCUUCAGUCCUAAACUCUGGGAAUUCUGGGAUCAUAUAGAGCAGGAGUACUGGGAAAUUGUUGAUCCUCUAUCUAUGCCUUGUUUGUUAGCUCCUGCUAGCCGUCAGACAUUCAAUGGCAGCUCAGACUCUGAAGUUUCCAUAUUUAUUUACCAUGUUUUCACUCUGGAGGACUUUGUAGUGCCCAUAACCUUCAACUAAGACUGUUCUCCACCAAGAACCUCUAGCAACUUCACUGAUUGCUCUCAGGGUGGUGAAUGUGGAGUAGAAGAUAUUUAGUCACGAAUAUCCAUAUGUAAAAUGCAUUCCAUUGAUGUAGUUUAACAUGGGCAUGAUGGCCAUGGGGGUAGGUACAAAGCUGGCUAUUAGCCAUAGUGCACAGUCUUUAGGGACUUAAGGUCAAUCAGACAUGACCUUUGGGAUAGUACAAUACUGCGUCAGCAAAGAAAAAAGAAUGGUGCAUCAGCUCAUGCUCUGCCAGUGUACUGGGGAAAGAUGUCAGCUGUAGACUCAAUGCUGCACUUGUAGCACAAUACAGUUGGAAUAUGUAGGAGACUUCCAGGGGUUCAGUGAAAUGGGGAGAAAAUCAGGGCAUUAGCAGAUAGAGUUCACUUUCCAUGGUUGUGCUGAGAUGUUUGGGGCAGAGGGAUACGUGCAUGGAGAGGAAGUGGAAUGAAAUGCUGUCACCAGUUUGUACAAGGGAGACUGAGUCAGCAGAGGGGAGCUGUCAGACGAGGGAACAGUCUCCUGGCCAGUCAGGACAAUGAGCGUCACCCAGCUCCUGCUGCGGUUUGUACAAGAGUUGUCUGACUAGAGCAGAGCAAUGGCCGAACACACACACCCCACACGCCCAGUCUCCUCCAGCGUGCAGGGCUGGCUCUAGGCACCAGCUCUCCAAGCAUGUGCUUGGGGUGGCAAUUUCCAAGGGGCGGCACUCCAGUCCCCCCCACUUUUUUUGCUUGGGGCACAAAAAGCCAGGAGCUGGCCCUGAAGCAAGAUGUUCCCUGUCAGCUGAAGCUUUCCGGCUGAGCUAGAACUGACACUGCAGUUCUGGCUUCAGUAGCUAGAUGGCGCUCAUGGCAGCCUGAGUUGCACAGGCUGGACUGCAGUUCAGGCUGCCCUGUCCCUGGAGAGCCAGAGCAUCAUCCCCGGGAGCUGAGCCCGGGCUGCGGUGGCGAGAGGGGCUCAGCUCCGGGGCAUGAUGCUCUGGCUCUCCAGCGGCAGGGCAGCCUGAACUGCAGUCCAGCCUGUGUGUGAGGAGUUUUGACUGCUAAGGGCCUCCUCUAUUGCUCCUCCAUCUCACAUUGCUUCCGCCCAUGCAUGGUGUUCAGAAAUUUGUGGGAGCCAGGCGUGCUCCCUCUCUGGGGUCACAUAGCGUUCUGUGAGCUUGUGCCAACUCCAGUGAACAGCACGCUCCUGGAGUGGAAGUCUGCUACCUGUGCUUAGGCAGCCCAACUGCUGAUACAGCAACUGAAGAGGGAUCCUGUUUAUGCUGUACAAUCCUCAACUACACUGAAAUGUGCCGCAGCUCAUGCUGGAAAGAUCCAUUAGGUCCAGCUUGGUUUCUGGCUGAUGUUUCUAAAGAAGGGGCACCUACCCUAGCUCUCCAUUAUGUGGUACUGACUGACACCUGGUUACUCUUGUGCCAGACUGUGACCUAGAGGCUACUCUACUGACACCCCAAGGUAGCUGUAUAGCAGCACUCAGAGAUGCAAACAGUCUGCAGCCUGUUUGUCAGGAAAUGCAAAGGCCAUGAUUCUGGGUGAAGAGCUGUGUAGCUGUUCACUGCCAGUUACUCCUCAAACCAAACACAAGCCCGAGCUGGUUUAAUUUUGCUCCGCACUAGCCUCCAUCCACUCUUCACAGGAGCACUGUAUCUACUGUGACAGUCUCUCAGCCUGUUUCUUAUCUUUUCUUUUUGCUGUAAUCUGGUCUGUAAACACAUGCCUUUGUUCAGAUUAGAUCUAAGCUGAUGUACUCCCUUAUGCACUGUUGCUGAGCUGAUGUGUGCUUGAUAAAGGUGAUUAAAAAAAAUAAAGCUUCACUACAAGGAA